UUGGCUGGAGAGGACGCAGCUUGAGAGCAGAGACCUGUUGCGCUGUUGGAGCUCGCACGACUUCCCCCCCAAAAAAAAAAAAAAAAAAAAAAAUCAUAAUAAUAAUAAUAAAGACGGAAAAGAAAACAAAAGAUUUAGGAGAGAAAUCAUCCUUAAUAACUCGUGUUUGUAUCUGAACAUACUUGAUUGCAAGGCAGGCGCAUCCCAUCAUGUCGGUGUCACUUGCGCCCUUGUCUCCAAGGAGACCGAGGAAGAGGACCGGCCCCACGGUGUCCAUCCUCAUCCUGAACGCCAUCUCCUCCUACGGGGGUUCGCGCGGCGUGUCCCUGGUGGCCCUCAAGAAGGUGCUGAAGGCCAGCGGCUACGACGUGACCCGGAACCGGGGCCGGAUCCGCCUCGUCCUGCGCAGGCUGGUGGCCCAAAAGGUCAUCGUGCGCACCAGGGGCAAAGGAGUUUCGGGCUCCUUCAAGCUCAACCCCAAAGCCCCCGGGGGUCGCAGGAGGAGGCCCCCGAGGGGAGGCAGGAGGAGCAAGAAGAAGAAGAGGAGGAGGAGGGGCCGGGCGAAGAGGAGGAAGGCCCAGGGGAGGAGGGCCAGGAGGGGCCGCUCCAGGAGAAGACGCAGGAGGUCCACGCCUGCGAGGAAAAGGUCCACCCGGAGGAGGAGGAGGAGGAGGGCCCCGAGAAGGAAGACCCCCAAGAGAGUCCGGAGUGUUCGGCGCAAGAGGGCCAAGCCCGCCAAGGUCCGCAGGAGGAGGAGGAGGAGGAUGAGCGGAAGGCUGUACAAAUGAUCCGCGGUCUUCCUGGCGUCCCGAGAACCACAUGGACCGUGUACUCACCAAGCUACAGUAUCUAUGCUAUCUUUUUCCUCUGUCAUAACAAUUCAUAAUCCUGCUGCCUCAGCACUUCAUUUCCCAAAUGUCCAUGU